AGAACCGAGAAUCAUUGUAGCGCAGGCUUAAUUGAUUCUCUGUCUCCUCUUUAGAGAACAGGAUAGAAAAAGCUAGGGAGCCGACUGAACUCUGGUUAACAGCUGACCAACGUUUGUGAAGUUGGCCCUUAAUGGUUUAAACAAUAACGUUUACAUAAUAAUGGUACGAUUGUGGUGCACGAGUUGUACGAGGGUCGCCUUCGGAUGUUACGAGGCGGCCGUUUGACGUUUCGUCACGCAGAACGUGUUCGAUGCCGUGCUCUCUCGUGCCUCGUAGGAUCGUCGUGUUUGCACGCGUCCGCCGAACUCUGGCUCUGUUAUUGAACGGUGUUUUUCAUUGUUUGGCCGAAUCGUCGCUGUCGAUCUCAAAACACCAAUAAUGGCUUCGUCGUGUAUCGAUCAAACCGUAAUCCCUUCAGGCGACUUGACGAAGGUGAUGUUUACAGGUUACGCGCCCGGCGAGCUGGCAGUCUCGCGGCGACGUCGGUGCUGGACGACGCAGCUCUGAAUACCGCGGACGGGAGACAGCUAUCCAUUUCUGAAAGUCAGCUGCGAACAAAUCGAACAUGGCAUCCACGUCCAAGAAACCGAAAACGGAUGCCCAAGAAACCAAGAGCAGCGCCUCCAACAAGACUGUCUCCAAGAUAAAAAGCCCUGAACUGGAUGCCAAGUUGGCCGAUGUAAGGGAAGCCUUCGAUCUGUUCGAUCCGAACGGCACUGGAAAAAUGGCUACCAAGGAUCUUAAAGUUGCCCUUCGAGCCCUGGGAUACGAGCCGACGAGGAAAGAGAUACAGACACUCGUGGAGUCCGUUGCUCCAGAAUGCCCCAAUGAGUUGUCCUACGAGGAAUUUCACAGAGUGAUAAAAAUCAAAGUGUCAGAGGAGGAUUGCAUAACCGACAUAAUAAGGGCGUUUCGUCUUUUCGACGACGACAAGACGGGGAAGAUAUCCUUGAAGAAUCUGAAGAGAGUUGCGAUCGAAUUGGGAGAAGAUUUGACCGACGAGGAGCUGCUGGAUAUGAUCGAUCAGGCAGACAAGGAUGGUGAUGGGCAAAUAUCGCUAGAUGAAUUUGUAACAAUUUUUAAGGAAAUGUCGUGUCUGUAAACGUCGAUGUUCGUAACUUAAACUUCGCAUUAAGUUAAAACUGCACAUCUACAUCAAACGUUAAUUCAGACGACGCAUAUUUAAGUUAAUAACGUGUAUACUGUAUUUGUAUAUUUUAUACGGAAGACUGAUGUUUAAACGAAAUUAUCUCUCGGUAUUUGUCAGCGACAUUUUUCGUAAAUGUUUUAUAAUGUGUGAAAAUAAGUAGCAUUAACAUUUUGUCAUUA